AUGGCUUCUCUUAUCCCUCUCAUCAACGACUUGCUACCCAUGAUCGUUCCCUCCUCGGUGUCCAUCACCAAAGCGAACACCCUCCGCGCUCCCGAUGCAACUCUGCCACCCGGUUCUGCUAACGAGGCCGAUGCCGUUGUCAGCAAAAGUGAUAGGCUCUGCGCAUCGGAUACCAUUGUUUACAUGGCUUCCGGGACCGGCCUCCUGCUUGUCAGCCCCGGUGCGGGACAAGACGUCAAGCGGCACAACAUGGCAGCGGGUGACUUUGCUUUCAUCCCUUCUUGGACGGAGCACCAGAUGCUCAACGAAUCGGACCAAGAUACCGUGUGGGUAAUUACUCGCAGCGGUCCCCAGCCGGUCAGGGUGGGCUUGACGGAUUGGGGAGGUGACCAGGCAAAGUAA